UUUUUAAAAACACUUAUGAUCCAGUUAUAAUUCCCGCGUGUGGACAUCUCUCUAUUCUCCAAUGGAGAUUCUUCUUCCUUGUACUAUACUCUUCCUCUCUCUUUCAUCCUCUAUACUCGCUAUCGCCGAUGAUGACACAACCGCUCUCUCCCUCUUCCGAUCUCAGACCGAUAUUCACGGCAUUCUUCUCUCCAACUGGACUCUCCUUAAUUCCGGCGCCGACGCCUGCUCAGCUUCAUGGCGUGGAGUUAACUGCUCAGGCGGUCGAGUCAUCUCCCUUAAGCUUCCUUCAUUAGAUCUCCGUGGACCAAUUGAUGCACUCUCCUCCCUCCUUCAUCUCCGUCUACUCGAUCUCCAUGGCAAUCGUCUUAACAGCACCAUUGAUCCAAUCUUCAAUUGCACAGGUCUCAAACUUCUCUACUUAUCUGGUAAUGAUUUCUCCGGCGGAAUUUCGCCGACGAUUUCCUCCCUUCGCAGACUAGUUCGCAUCGAUCUUUCUAAUAACAACCUCAGAGGUUCAAUUCCUAGCGAAAUUGAUAAUCUCAGUAGACUUGUGACUCUGCGUCUCGAAAACAAUGAGCUCUCUGGUCCAAUACCUAAAUCUCUAUCUUCAAUUCAAACUCUUCAACAGCUCAAUCUGACGAACAAUGAAUUCGACGGUCACUUGCCUGAGAAUUUACAAAGGAGAUUCGGUGAACAGAGUUUCUCUGGAAACGCAGGUCUUUGCGGAACAAAUCCUUUACCUGUUUGUUCCUUCGCCAAUACACCGCCAGAAACCACCUCCCCUCAAACUGUACCGUCAAAUCCUUCGUCUCUUCCAGCGAGUACAAAUAUAAUCGAUGAUAACGGAAAGCGUAAACACAGAGGACUCAGUCCUGGUGCUAUUGCAGCAAUAGUGAUCUCCAAUUCAUUAAUCUUCCUAGCUAUGGCUUCCUUCUUCGUGGCUUAUUACUGUAGAACUCGUUCCGGCGAGACAUAUUCACAAACUGGUAGUGAACGUGGCGGAGGUAAAAGAAGGAGCAGUUCAUUCUCCGGCGGGGAAAAGAGAGUAUACGCAGCUAGGAAUGGCGGUGGUGGUGCUGACAGUGAUGGAACGACGGCAUCAGAUCGUAGCCGUCUGGUGUUCUACGACAAGAAGAAACAGUUCGAGUUGGAGGAUUUACUUCGCGCUUCAGCGGAGAUGCUUGGAAAAGGUAGUCUAGGGACUGUUUAUAAAGCGGUUCUUGACGACGGUUACGCCGUAGCUGUGAAGAGAUUGAAGGAUGCAAAUCCAUGUGCUAGAAAGGAGUUCGAACAGUAUAUGGAUGUAAUUGGAAACCUAAAACAUCCAAAUAUAGUGAGAUUACGAGGUUAUUACUAUGCCAAAGAGGAGAAGCUUCUCGUAUAUGAUUAUCUAACCAACGGAAACUUACAUUCUCUUCUCCACGGUAAUCGAGGACCAGGAAGAAUUCCAUUAGAUUGGACCACAAGAAUCAGCUUGGUUCUAGGAGCAGCCCGAGGUCUUUCUCGCAUCCAUGAAGAAUACUCUGUAACUAAGAUCCCUCAUGGAAACGUGAAAUCAUCAAACAUCUUGCUCGACAAAAAUGGCCUAACCUGCAUCUCUGAUUUCGGUUUAUCCCUUCUUCUCAACCCAUCCCACGCUGUUGCGAGAUUAGGCGGUUACAGGGCACCUGAACAAAUCGAGAUUAAAAAACUCUCUCAAAAAUCAGAUGUUUACAGUUUCGGAGUUCUGUUACUGGAAGUCCUGACCGGAAAACUCCCAUCUAAGAAUACAUCGCCUACUCGCCGCCGACAAGCGGAGGAUGAUGAGAAUUACGAGAUAGAAGGCAUGGAUUUGCCGAAAUGGGUGAAGUCAGUUGUGAGAGAUGAAUGGACUGGUGAGGUUUUUGAUAAGGAAUUGUUAAGGUACAAGAAUAUUGAAGGAGAAAUGGUGGCGAUGCUUCAGGUGAGUCUGGCAUGUGUAGCGGAGCAGCCAGAGGAGAGGCCGACAAUGGCUGAUGUGGUGAAGAUGAUAGAGGAAAUUAGGGUUGAGAAUUCACCGUUGGGUGAGGAUUACGAUGAAUCGCGCAGCUCACUCUCGCCGUCUCAGGCCGCCACUGAAGAAGGGCCGGCAGGUUAUUGAACAUUGUGUUUGCAUCUUCUCAGUGCAAAUCAAGAUCCUUUAUGAUUGAUUUAUUUUCAUUUGUUUGUUUUAAUUGUGUUAUUAUUGUUUUCUUGUAUGUCGAGUAAUGUAAGUUAUGAAAUUUUAACUAGUUGUUUUAUGUUGUUUCGUAAUUAAACGAAAUAAGGAUUUGAA